AGCGAGAGGUAAUCAGGCGUGGACUCAACGUCGACAGAUCUGCUAAGGAGAUCUGAGUGGGCAUUUAACUAUUAACUGAUCGGAGGAAGUUGCUCAUCUAAAAUCACCGGUAGCAAAAUGGCUACUAAAGUGUCGUGUGCUGACAAUCAAGAUCAAAGAGACAUUUACAAUAUCAUUGAUAGUAAUAAGCCAUGGACCGGAAGAAUGCUUUUUACAGGUCCCGAUGCUAACAGGGACCACAGAGUGACGGUAGAUCAGGAACACCGACACAUUGGUAUCGGGACCAUGUCGGGCGAGGGCACGGGUGAGGCGGAUUACAUUUGGAGGGCGGGUGCUCGGACUCCCCAUCCCAGACCCCGCUCACGGAUGGUGGGGGAGGUGGGCUGGGGUGUGCCCGGUAUGACGGACUGGAAGAUGCCUCGGUCCGGUAGACAGGUCGUGUUGGGAGAAUUUAGGCAGGAGUGUGAAGAUCGUUAUUCUCAUCAUUAUCAAAACCCAUGGUACCCAGGACCAAGAGAUGACGUCACACCGGGGUCGGACGCCUCUUUGGUGAUGAACGUAUACAGACCAAGAACUACCCCAGGGAACACUCGCGCAGGGAACUUGGAAAGCCAACAAAUUAGCUCGGAACAGGAUACGACACUCACAGAGUAAAAGUGACCAGUGGUCAGUAGAGGCUUGUAGAAAAGGAAUUGGGAUUUAGGUGCUCUAACUUGUGGAAGAAGAACGGUGAUCUUGGCUUUUUGAAGUUCGGAGAUUAUCUGAUUGGUUGUUGACAGUGAUCAUGUGAUCAUUCUAUAAAUGAGGGACGUGCAAUACACAGCUAAUGAUUUCUUAUCACAAACCACAUCAGUAUUACGUUACUAUGGAAACAUAGCCUUGCCAGUUACACUAGGACUAUGUAUGUUGUACGCUUUCUAUUAUAGAUUUAUAUAUAUAUAUAUAUAUUUAUAGUGUUCAUGCACAAAUCAGUAUUUGUCUUUAGUGCUUUUACGUUACUGUUCUAUUUGCACAUGUGUUAUUUAUUAGGACUGUUCGUCGCUGUAGAUGAGUUUAGAAUCUGCACACCGCUCAAUAUUGCACCUUGCCGGUGAUGGGCUUUGUAGCUCCUCUUUGUUACAUGAUUGAAGUAAAAUUAUAUUCACAUUG